UGCGCUACAGAUAACCUGGGGCUAACAGAGAUAGUACGGUAUGUCGUCUGACAAGUCUUCUGCCGCUCUGAAGGCCUCCCUAAUCAUGGCGGAGGGCGGAGGCACGCCGAAGCUGGAGGUUGUCGUGCAGUCCGCCAAAAACCUCAUCAACCUCGAGAGAAUCGGGAAGAGUGACCCCUACUGUAUCGUGGAGUACAAAGGUGAAGAACAACAAACUGAUGUGAUAAAUAAUGACCUAAACCCUAAAUGGAACAAGACUCUGACCUUUGAACUCCAUGGCCAAGCGGUCACGGCCAACGAACUUCUCAAGAUCACAGUGAAGGACCAUGAGGUCAUCGGCAGGGACAGACUGCUCGGUCAGUGUGAUGUGCCUCUGAGAAACGUGGCAACUAGCUCUGGACCGAACCGCUCCUGCCAAGUGGACAUCAAGCUGAAAGAUGGCAGCCGUCAGCCAACCCAGCAAACGAUUAAGCUGAAGGUGAACUACACACCACCGCCACCAGGGACUGGCACUCCGGGAGGACCAGGCAUUCCAGAAGGGGGAGGAGUCGCAGGGUUAACACUGAGCAGUUUACCCCAGAACUUAUCAACAUCACCAGAAGAUUUCCAGGUUCGUAUCCGGGUGGUUGAGGGUCGUCAGAUCGAGGGCAGUGAUGUCUCUCCUGUUGUGAAAGUCACCGUCAGUAACCAGACUAAACAGACCCGAGCCGCAAAACACACAUCUAGUCCCUACUUCGACCAGUUAUUUUUCUUCAACUUCAACGAGUCUCCUGCUGAGCUGUUUACAGAUUGGAUUGAAUUUGAGGUUUCCAAUGCAAAGAGAUUUCGUAGUAACUCAUUGAUUGGCAUGUUUAAGAUACCAGUAGGAGUUGUUUAUAUCCAAGAAGGUCACAGUUUUAUGAGAAAAUGGUUGCUGCUCAGCAAUCCCGAGGAUCCCACUGCAGGGGCCAAAGGUUAUCUCAAGGUCACGAUGAUUGUCCUUGGACCUGGUGAUGAAGCUCCACAAUCUGGAAAAGGAACAGAGGGUGAUGAUGAUGUAGAGUCGAACCUCUUACGACCGGCUGGUGUGCAGCUCCGCCCAGCCACUCUCUCACUCAAGGUCUUCCAGGCUGAGGAUAUUCCUCAGAUGGACAGUGCAGCUUUGGAAGGCAUCAAAAACUUAUUUGGAGCAGGCACUGAAUCAAAGAAGCUUGUGGACCCCUACUUUCAAAUGGAAUAUGCUGGAAAAAAGGUGAAAACAAAAACAAUGUACAAGACCAACUGCCCAGAAUGGAAUGAAGAACUCAAGAUUGCAUUCCAAUUUCCAUCCAUGUGUACAAAAAUCAAGCUGACACUCAAGGACUGGGACCGGUUUGGCAGUGAUGACACCAUAGCCACAGUGUUCCUGGAUGUCUCUGCUGUAUCAUGGCCAGCUGGGGCUCAUGGUUUCCUCCCCAGCAUGGGCCCAGCCUUCAUCAACUUCUAUGGCGGACCUCGGGAAUUCAGCGCACUGCCUGAUGGGUAUGAUGACCUUAACAAGGGAAAGGGUGAGGGUGUGGCCUACAGAGGGCGCGUCCUGAUGCAGCUCAGCACCACCAUGGGGGAGCAGCCGGAGGAUGGAACAGAAGUCAUCGACAUCCAGGAGGAGGACCUCCCCAUUGUCGAUAAAUUCAUGAGACGGCGUCGGUUUCGCCUGGCUGUCUUUAUGCUCUCUGCUACGAGGAUGCGGAAAAAGGACACAGACAUGCCCAUAUCCUUUGAAGUGUCUGUGGGCAAUUUUGGAGACAUUUUAGACACUUCCACACCUCCUUCUUCAUCUUCAACACAGCCCACCAAUGCAGUGUUUGAUGGCACCUAUUAUUACUACCUCCCCUGGGGGAAGAAGAAGCCAGUGCUGACACUACUGUGUAGUAUUGAGGACAUCCGCUUCAGAGUUCAGGCCUACAACCAGCUCAACAGCAUCAUAGACACAAUAAAUCGUCACCUGAACAGAAUCGCUGUGUGCCAACGUGCCAAGGCUUCACAGGAAGUCCUCAUUACACUGGCAACUGCACUCCUGGAUGCUGUCAUUCUCAACUGCAAGAAACCACUGCCUGCUCCGUUUGAGAACCAAGCAGCCACUGAGAUGGACAACAGCAUUGCCGUGGUGAGGAGGGUAGAGUUAAAGAAGAUUGUGGAGGAUGCUUCCACAUUGAGGAGUGAGGAGGAGGCUCCCAUUGAUGUGGAAACAGUCGUCAGCAAAGCUGAAGGAUAUGUGGGAAUGCUGGGGAACUUGGCACAAGGGCCACCAAGCAGCAUGCCAGACAUCAUGAUCUGGAUGAUCGGUGGGGAGAAGAAGAAGAUUGCGUACUACCGCAUCCCUGCACACGAGGUUCUGUUCUCCCCCAACCCUGACCACAGGGGAAAGUUCUGUGGGAAAACACAGACAAUUGUCAUGAAGUACCUGGAUAAGAAGGAUAAGAAGAGGCUACCAUGCCAGCUGCGUCUGAACGUGUGGUUUGGGCUGCAGCGUCAGGCUCACCUGUUCACACGGCAGGGUGCAGAGGGUGUCAUCAACGUGUACGCAGAGACCUACCAGAACCAGCACCGAGGGAUUAUCCAUGGUUGGGAGGACUGCCAUGGUGAUGACCGCCAGCCCUGGUCUGAUGUAGCAGGACUGGUGCCCCUGCCUAAGGACAACUUUGUUCCUGCUGAGGGCUGGAAGUGGGCGGGACCUUGGUUUGUGGACCCUGACCCAAGCAUGUUUCUGGGAAAAGACGCCGGGUUCAAAACCUUUGUGGAAGAGGUGUAUGAACAUGAGGUGCGGCAGGGCCCUGGACGGUCAUGGGAAAAGGACUCGGAUGAAACCAAACACUGGACAGACAGCAGUAACAAACCUGCCCAUCGUACUGACCAGGUCACCUGUGCUGAGGGAUGGGAGUGGUCAUCUGACUGGGAGGUGGACUUGAACAGGGCAGUGGAUGAGGAGGGCUGGGAGUACAUUGUGGAGGUGUUCUCAGGUGCGUGGACAGGUGUGGAGAAACAGUUCCACCUGUGCCGCAGGAAACGUUGGAUCAGGAAGCGGGAGAGAGUUGCAGAGGAUGACAGCAAGAAACAGAAGGAGCUGAUGAAAGGGGGAGGCUGGAUGUGUGCCAUGACGUGGUCCUCCCGGUUUGAAGCGGAGGAGGGGAUCUCAGACAUGGUCCGGAAGCGCCGGUGGCACCGCAAGAUGGUUCCUGAGGAAGAGGCAGAGGGUGCCUUUCUCACAUUGGGCGCCACAGCAUUGAAAGCUGAAGGAAAGGAGGACAAACAGAAAAUGGGGGCAAUGUAUGCCCCACGUGUCAUGCUCAGUUAUGAAAAGACCCAUGUGUACCAGUUGAGAUGUUACCUGUACCAGGGGAGGGACCUGCCUGUCAUGGAUGAAGAAAGUUUGGCAGGUGACCUCCUGGGUGGUAACAAGGAUGUUUCCUGUGACCCAUUCUGCCGAGUGUCCUUCCUGAACCACACGGCUCUGACAGAGAUCAAGAGAUACACCCUGAACCCCACCUGGGACCAGACACUCAUCAUCGACAACAUCCAGAUCCACGCAGAUCCAGACAAGCUGGCAGAGGAUCCACCCAUCAUCUUCACAUCUGUGCUGGAUCAUGAUCCAAUGCAAAAGGCUGAGUACAUUGGCCGGUCCAUGAGUGUGCCCAUGGUGAAGUUAAGUGGUGGGAGGGACCCGAGGAAGCCUCGUCUGGGCUGGUACACCAUCAACACCAGGGAGGGCGGAUCUGCAGGCCAGCUGCUGGCUGCAUUUGAACUGUACAUGGAUGAUGGGCACCUGCCACCACCCCCACCUAUGCAGGAGGGCAGUGACACGCUGUUUCAGGUGCCUUCAGAAAUCCGGCCACAGAUGCAGAGAACAGGAAUAGAGGUGCUCUGUUGGGGUGUGCGUAAGCUGAAGAAGUACCACCUGAGGAACGUGACGUCACCACAGUGUGAAUUUGAAAUCGGCGGAAACGUCAUGAAGUCACCGGUCAUCAAGUCUGUGGAACAGAAUCCAAACUUUCCAGAACCUUCCAUCUUCUUUGAUGUGUAUUUACCUAGUGAAAACCUGUACAUGCCCCCAAUGACCAUCAAAGUUCGUGACCACCGGCUAUUCGGACGUAAACCAGUUGUUGGUAGAUACGUGAUCUCCAACCUAACUCCGUUCAACCUAACACCAGAACAGCAAACUGGACCAGAGGAAGGGGGAGAUGGACAGCCACAGCAGGAGGAGGAGGUAGAACCAGAAGGAGAACCUCCAGACGAGGGCCACACUGUACUGGAGAUCGAACCUCCGUCAGAAGAACCAAAAGAACAGGACUCAUUGCUUGGGAAAUUAGCUGGAAAGUCAAAGUUCCUGGGUGGCCUCAUCAUGCCCAUUGAUACCAUCGUACCUGGUGACAACAAACAAGCUACAGGGUCAAAAAGUGGAAGCAAAUCUUCACAACAACCAGAUGAGGAGACAGAGGAGGACAUUGAUUGGUGGUGUAAAUUCUACGCCUCUAUCGGAGAUGAGCAACAAGCAGGCAGCUACCUGCAGCAUGGGUACGACACCAUGGAGGUGUAUGAUGCUCCUCUUGAGACGAGAAAGGAGUUUGACUGCCUUGAAGAUUUUACAUCAACUUUCUUCCUGGAGAGAGGGAAGAAGGGGGACUCUGAUGAUGAGGAUGAUGAUGAAUCUGUGGGGGAAGUCAAGGCAAAGUUCUGCCUGUACCCCCUGCCAGCUGAUCCCCGCGCGUCUCUCCCUCCCAAGAUGUUGGACCGCUAUCCCGCCCCAGACCCUGUGGACUGUGUGGUCCGGGUGUACGUCAUACGUGCCAUGACCUUACAGCCACAGGACAUGAACGGACUGGCUGAUCCAUACCUUCAGCUAAGACUGGGCAAGAGCAAGAAGUCUGAUCGUGAUAACUAUGUGCCAAACACAUUAGAACCAGUUUUUGGAAGCUUUUUUGAGCUGUCUGCCAGCAUCCCACUGGAGAAGGAUCUAGAGAUCCGGGUGUACGACAUGGAUCUCAUCUCCAGAGAUGAUCUCAUCGGAUCCACAGUCAUCGACCUGGAGAACAGACUGCUGACUAAACACAGGGGAACCUGCGGCCUACCUCAGACAUACACCACUGAUGGACCAAAUGUGUGGAGAGAUGUUCAAGAGCCUAAAGCAAUAUUGGAAAGUCUGGCAGAGAGAGACGGGAUCGACAAACCUGUGUAUGACGGGACAAACAAACUCAGGUUCAAUGGCAAAACCUACAGACUCGAAACCUUUGAAAAUGGGAAGAAGCUCCCCAAGCAUGUGGGGCCAGCAGAACAGCGACUGGCUCUACACGUGCUGAGGGAACAGAAGCUGGUGCCUGAACAUGUGGAAACACGACCACUGUACAGUAAGAUGCAGCCAGGAUUGGAGCAGGGAAGGUUACAGCUGUGGGUAGACAUCUUCCCCAAGGACCUGGGCCAGCCACCACCACCUGUAGAUGUUACUCCUCGACAGGCUCAGAAGUAUGAGUUGCGGGUGAUCAUUUGGAACACAGCUGAUGUCUAUUUGGAGGAGACGUCAAUCACAGGAGAACAGAUGAGUGACAUCUACGUCAAAGGCUGGAUUACUGGACUGGAAGAUGACAAACAGAAGACUGACAUCCAUUACAGGUCGCUGGAUGGGACCGGCAUGUUUAACUGGCGAUUUGUCUUCUCAUUUGAAUACCUGCCAGCAGAGAAGAUGGUUUACAUCGCCAAGAAGGAACACUUCUGGAGUCUAGACAAGACAGUGAACAAGAAGCCCCUACAGCUGAACAUCCAAGUCUGGGACAAUGACAAAUUCUCCUCUGAUGACUGGCUUGGUGAAGUCACACUAGACUUAAACGAGCUUGUGAUGCCAGCCACAUCGGCCAAGAAGUGUGGCCUGCACCAGCUGCCAAGUCUGAACCCAGAAGAGGAGUCAGCAGGUGUUCUGGGGUUCCUGGGACUGGGGGAGAGGCCCCAGCCGGUCUGCCUCUUCCGACAGAAGACCAGCCGAGGCUGGUGGCCGGUUUUCCUGGCCGCAGAAGGAACGAGAGAGCUCAGGGGCAAGGUAGAGAUGACCCUGGAGAUCCUGACAGAGGAUGAGGCGAUGGAGAAAGAAGCUGGGAAGGGGCAAAAAGACCCCAACAUGAACCCAACUCUGGAGAAGCCCAAGCGUCCCUCCACCUCCUUCCUGUGGUUCACCAGUCCGUUCCGCACCCUCCGUAUCAUCAUUUGGAGGAACUACAAGUGGUACAUCAUCGGCGGUCUCAUCAUCCUUCUCCUUGCAGCCAUCAUCCUGCUCUUCAUGUACAACAUGCCGGGCUACAUUGCAAAGAAAAUCAUCGGUGCUUGAAUGAAGAGAUGACAGUCAACAGGAACAAAAUUGGAAUCCACUACAUAUUCACAUUACUCGACAGUGUGUCAAAAACAUGCAAAAUAGGAACUUCCAUUGUUAUCAGAUAAUCAUUGAACAAAAGAAAUCAAUGCUCUACAAUAUUAUUGUAUCUUUCUUUGUCAUAGUCAUCUUUCUACAUGCAAACUAUCAAGUGUCAACAUGUUUUGAAAACGAACAGUAUAUCAUAAAUUAAAGUGCAAUUCAUAUGAAACCUAUGUGAAAUACUUGUAUGUAUGUAUAUGAAAUCAAAGUAAAGUUAAGAUUUAACAUUGAAUUAAAUACUCAUGUACACAUCUGAUGCAAUCUUGAACAGGCUGUUGCAAGUCUGGAAAGAUAGGAAGCAUUUGACAUUGUAUAUUUGUAAUACUAUGUACAUAGUUAUAACAAUAGUAUGUAGGAGACAUAUUAUCAUCUAAUAUGAAAAAGGAGGCAUUGUGUUGGGUGUGUCUGUGCUUGUGCACAUAUUUGUGGUUAAUAAGAAAAUGGAUUGUUAUGAUAUUUGGUAUGUGGUUAGAUGUUUGGAAGAUGAAGGUCAAGGACAUGUGGACCACCUGGUGGCUGUCCUUGGUACUGCAGCAGAGCAUUUGUGCAUCAUUGGUUAUUAACAAAGUUUAAUUCAGUGCAAAG